AUGGCAGACAACCAGACAACCAUCGUGCUAGCUGGCGACUUCAAUUGGCUCGCAAUCCAGGCACUCGCCACUUUAGCUUUGACAUCCAUCUCCAUCAAAACCCAAUUAUUCACUCAACGACAAUGGAACCUAACCAUAAAUUCCAAUGCCCCAGGCCGCGAAAUAUCCGGGCAUGUGCCCACUGUCGCGCCAAGCGCACGCGUUGCUUGCGCGAGCUCGCAUAUUCUCCGUGUCGGCGACGAUCGCACUGCGUCCGCAAAGAGUGCACGUCCGACUGCGUCAAAGUUAGAAGAAAUUGACGUGGUGUCGGGAUUGUUCGGCGCGUCGCAGAAACCGCCUCCAUCUGACAACCUUGUCGGUUUUCAUAAUCGCAUAUUUAAAGAGAAAUUUUGGAGAUCCGAGUCAAUUCCGACAGAUCAGUUACCACAUAUCUCCGAUGGACCGGGCGUGCGACCGCGAGUGCUGGAUCAGAAGAGGGCCGAUGAGCUAGUAGAGAGGUUCUGCGCCAAGAAUAGCUAUUUUCCGUUUGUGACUGUUCCGGACGAUAUUGCUUCUCCGGAGCAUCGGUUUUUGUAUCUGGCGGUCUUAACAGUGGCUGCUACGGAAGACAUGCCUUUGUUGCGAAGUCUCGAUACUCGGUUCCGCGCUGUGUUGGCGGAGAGGGUCAUUGUUGCGGGAGAAAAGAACCUGGAUUAUCUCCAGGGGUUGCUUGUUUACCUUGCUUGGUAUAACAUGAAUGUCCGUCCAACGAACUUGCAGAUCCAUCAGUAUCUGCAUAUCGCCGUUUGCAUGGUGUCUGAACUUCGAUAUAACGAUGAGGCUUUUUUAGCCGCUGAUCAGAAUUCUUCUACUAUCAGUGAAGCCAAAAAUGCCUGUUUGGGAUGCUACUAUCUCUCCUCACUGAUGUCAACCCAAAAUAAACGGCCAAAUAUCGCUGUUCUUCCGGAAACUCUCAAAUCAUACUUUUCCGAACCAACCCAGUCGGACUAUCCACACGCACAAAUGAUGUCGCGCUGUUUUCAAAUGCAGAUGAACGUAGAGGCGGCAUACCGGAAUGAGAGCCCAGUGCAUGAGAUAUUCAGAGAUGAUUUUCUAGACACCCCGCCAAUCAAAAUCGCACAUUUGUUCCUCUCCUUCUUCAAAGCAUACACUCCUACUUUUCACCCGGACCGAAGCACCGCCGCCGGCCUUCAGGCAAUCACCACCACCGCAACCGAAUUUCUAAAUUAUCUCGUAUCGCUUCCCAUGAACGAACUAUUCAAUUUCACCAUUGCAGAAUGGACUCGACUGAUAGUCGUUAUCCGCGACGUUUUAGAGUUCCUCUCAGCCGCUGCAAGUCAACCAGACCUUAUUCCAAUAGCUCGAGUGCAUGCCCAACAAGUAUCCGUCCUCCUCGAAUGCCUCGCCAACCGUCUGACGCAGGGAUCCCAGUCGGGUCGUAACCCUGGCGAAUUCCCGGAUAUGCUGUACCUAUUCAAAUCAGUCUUAGAUCUACUACUUCCGGUUGAAGCGAAGAUUGGGUUACCUGCCGAAGACGAGCAGGAUCUAAGCCAAACUGCACAUAUAGGUCCCCAAUUCAAGCAAGGACAGUGUCCUGCAUUGGUGGGUAUGCGGAAAACGGACUUCUGGAGUGCGUAUCAGAAUAACCUGGCUGAUAUGCCUUCCUAUGAUCUUGAGAUCGACUUUGGCGAUCUGUUCGGGGAUGCGCCGGGGGUGGAGCUGUCGCAUGAAGAGUGGAUUGAUGCUGCUAAUACGUUGAACAUGUGA